CCUAUGCUUGAAAUUACCUACCUAAUUUUGUCUCUAGUAUUCUGUUAUUUUGUAGUUGAUUUCCGUACUAAAGUUUUAUCUGAUAGCACAAAUGUUGUUUGUACUUAUAAUGGUGUCUCUCUGUUGCUUUUCAGGCAUAUAACGCCUUGUAAUCGCAGAUACACCAAUUUUGCCAAUGCUUUUUCUCUCUAUUCUGAUCAGAUUCUGCCUUUUUGUUUGUUUUAUCGUUGAUUUCCAAUCUAAACUUGUAACUGAUGGCACAAGUGAUGUUUUUCUUGGUGUCUUCUUUGUUGUUUUUCAGGCAGAUAACUCUUCUACGCAUGGCUGCUAAGGCUUUAAAAGAUUUGAAGAAUCUUCCUGUCUCUGAGAGGAAUAUUGACUGUAAAAAAAAUCCUUGUGCUGGCAAAAUGAAUGGAAAAGCUGAAGAUAGACCACCACAAAACUCUGUCCCCUUGGAUCACAAUCAUCCUACAGGCGAUGAGAUAGAGAAACCUGAGGCAGAAAGAGUUAUCGUAGAACUUGAGUAUAUCAAAUCCAAAGACUUGAACAAUGUAGCUGAAGUUGAUGCAGUUCUCAAGUUAUAUUCAUCUGUUUGGAGUUUGGACAUUACCUAAUACCAUUUUGGAAAUUCUUUGUUUAAUAUUCCAGUCACUUGACCGUUCGUCGUCUUUCCAUUUUCCACAAGGAAGAAAUGCUGCAUUUGCUGGAGAAAGUGAUCCUGUUUGUCGUGAAAUCAUUGAAGAACCCAAGAAGUGCUGUAAGUAAAACCGCAUGUAUGACAUCUGAAGACAUCUUCAGCUCAUAUAAUGACCAUAUAUUCGAUCAAUUGGAUCGCCUGCUUACUCAACUCCUCCUUAAAUCUUCCCAAGACAAGCGAUUUGUUUGUGAAGCAGCGGAAAGAGCAUUAGUAGCAAUGACUACACAUGUUUCUCCUGCCUUGCUGUUGCCAAAGCUUCGACCUUGUCUCAAGAAUAAGAGUCCUCGGAUCCGCGCAAAAGCAUCUGCGUGCUUCUCCGGAUGUGUUCCCCGACUGGGCAUUGAAGGCAUGAGAGAAUAUGGAAUUGAGACCAACUCCCAGAAUCUCAGGAGGCUGCACGGACAGUCUUCCUGGAACUUGAGACAGUGUAUAAGAAAACUACUCCUGUCGAACCCGAGGAGGAGAAUCCAGAGGCAGCCACUUGGCCAAUCUUCUGCCAAUCAAACCUCUCACCUCUUAGUGCACAGGCUGUGCUUCGUGUCACCAAUGUCACUGGUGAGGCUCGAGAGGGUCUUGUUACGGGUUCAUGACACGAGCCCUCAUUACGUCCCUUGUUCAUUAUAUAAGUUAUCUAGAGACCAGUACUUCUAUACAUAUUGGGUUGUGAUUCUGUUUACUCCUAAGAAUAAAUAUGGAAUGUUUUUUGUACCAAGGCAAAAAGUAUAUUAAUUCAAAAAAU